AUGCCGUUUGGAUUGACCAAUGCUCCUGCGGCUUUCAUGGACCUUAUGAAUCGGGUAUUCCGCUCGUACCUAGACCAUUUCGUGAUCGUGUUUAUUGACGAUAUUUUGGUCUACUCUGAGAGUGAUGAACAUCAUGUUAAGCACUUAAAGCUGGUGCUUCGGACUUUGAGGGAGGCUAAGCUAUAUGCUAAGUUGAGUAAGUGUGAAUUUUGGUUUAAUAGCAUAGGAUUCUUGGGUCAUGUGGUUUCAGCUGAAGGUAUUAGUGUGGACCCUCAAAAAGUGGAAGCUGUUUUGAACUGGGGAAGACCUACCACUGUGACAGAGAUUCGUAGUUUCUUGGGUUUGGCAGGCUAUUAUCGGCGAAUCAUUCAAGAUUUUUCCAGGCUUGCAGCUCCUCUUAACAAAUUGACCAGGAAGGGUGUUAAAUUUUUUUGGUUAGAGGAGUGUGAACAAAGUUUCCAAGAGCUCAAAGGACAUUUAACUAAUGCCCCAGUUCUGGCAUUACCUGAUGAUAGAGGGAGUAUGUGA